AUGGCAGAAGCUAAUGUCACAUUUCCCCAAACACAACAAGAAACUCUUGGACACCCCAGUACUUCAAGUACGACCACUGACACUGUGUUAACAACAGUCCCAGUUGAAGUAGGGGCAUGGAAGAGGAAGCAGAUGAUAACACGGCGUCAGAUUACCAUCACUUGUAAGAUUGUGGAGGAACGCAUAGCCGAGAAGGGCUCCAGAAGAGAGAUCAUGGCAACGCUUGGCGAAGCUAAAAGACUUCUGGCGGUGGCCGAGCAACUAAACGACCAGCUGGCAGAAGAACUAACAGAUCAGAAGGAGUUUGAUGAGCAACAACGAAGGCAUCUGUUUUACAUAUCGCAAGUGAGUACAAUUGAAGAGCUUGCAGAACAGUAUAUCGCGGAACGAGUCAAUGAUGCCCCUUCAGUUGUCAGUCAGCCCCAAGGCCCACGCCUCCGGCAACAGAGUUUCCAAGAAGAUCAAUCGCGCGCAGAGCAACCGCUGCCGUCGAAUAUUGCAGAACAACGUGUAGAAGACUCUGGUAGAGAGAUAGAGGGUGUUGUUGGACCAGCUACUGAGCCAAUUCGACCCAUCCAAAGGGGUAGCCAGUUGGAAUCCGCAAAAUCCGAUAAUGGGUGGUCAAGAAAUCGCGAAGUCAGUCAAUGGUUAGAUCAUUAUCAUCGACCAGCAAGAACCCUGGCUCCUAGUGCAGAACCGGAAGAUACACCUGAUGCUUGGAUAGAUUCUUAUCGAGCCGGGCGUGACCAAACGCCAAAGACGCGCGCGGAGCCAGAGAACCGUUCUUCCGUCAAGAUUGAGCUGGAGGUGUUUUCGGGCAAAUCGCUAGACUGGUUUUGGUGGGUGGAUCUCUUUCACGCACUGGUCCACCAGUCAUCGAGAUCACCUGCCGAGAAAUUAGCAAUUCUUAAACGGCAACUGCAAGACGAUGCGGCCGAUGUCGUGUACGGGCUCGGUGGAGGAGAGGAGGCUUACAAGGAGGCGCUCUUUCGUCUGAAAGAAAACUUUGGUCGGAGAGAUGUGAUGCGGGCAGCUCACCAACAAGCUUUAGAAAGACUCGAAAUGCCCAAAGGAGACCCGAAGGCCUUCAGACGUUUUGCGGAGCGUGCUCGCACACACCUUUUCGACUUGAGUAGGAUAGGAGAAACCAACCACUCUGACAUUAUUGAAAAGCUUUCCCAGCGGUUAACUUUAAAUGACCGGUUGGCGUGGAACAAUGGACGAGAUGACCGUUUGGCGCCCGGCAUGGAUCUACGGACGUUGAAUCAGUUUGGAGCGUGGCUUUGCUCAAGAGCCGCGGCUUAUCAAAACGCGUAUUCCAUCGCCUCCGACCAACUUUCCGGUGCAAACCUGAAGACUAAAAACGUUGGAUUCAGUGCUCAGCCGAAGCCAAGACAGCAGGGGCGGACUCACCAUGGUUCGGCAAGUGCAGAUGCCAUGGAUAAGCCGAAGCCAAAGGAAAAGAGUUCUCGAUAUUGUUUUAAGUGCGAACGAGAGCACCAAGUCGAAGCUUGUCCGGAGUUUAAAGACUUGCCCGUCGGGGAGCGAGUAACAUUUUGUAUAAGACAUCGGCUCUGCUUUAUGUGUUUUGGCGUCAAGCAUUCGUCGCGAGAUUGUAGAUUCAAGAAGAUGUGUAGUGUUCCCGAGUGCAAGUUGUUCCACCAUCCGCUGUUGCACGCAUCUUCAAGAGCUGACUCCUAUUCGUGCUCAAAUACCCUUCGCUCAGUGCCGCGGACCGUAGCGCUAGGAUUCAUCCGGAUUGACGCCGUUAACGCCGAUGGUGGUCUUGUUCCCAUAAAUGUUAUGUUCGAUGAGGGUAGCGACUCCACCCUAAUUCGUCAAGGCCUGGUCAGCCGGCUAGGUCUUGACGGAAUCAAGCAAACACUUGAAAUUGACGGAAUUGGUGGCACGCAAAGUCGGAUUAGUUCCGAACGUUUACAAAUGACGUUGCAGACCAGCUCGGGUGAGAAGGUCGUGAUUCAGGGGUCGACUAUUCCCACAGUGACGAAGCCUGUUCCGUUGAUUGACUGGAGCAACUUGCGUAAACGAUGGGACCACUUGGCUGACUUACCGCUUCGCUGCAGUGGAGGGCAAGUGGACGUGUUGCUAGGCCUUGACCACCCUCAUCUUAUGGCUGUAAUGGAAGCUAGAAAGGGAAAAGAUUACGAGCCAAUCGCAUCCCGAACACGGCUGGGAUGGGUAGUCCGUGGCGUCGUUGGUAAAGAUACGACCAUUGGGGCCAAAGUACAUUUGCUCUUUACCUCAGAGACGGCAAAUGACGUAGGUCCAGAGUUGAUAGCGGCCAUGCGGGCUUUCUGUGACACCGAAAGUUUUGGUACAGAGCAUCAAGUAGAUUGUAUGUCCCCGGAGAACCGACGAGCCCUUUCCCUGCUUGACUCCCAAACCAAGAAGUUGACCAUAGGAUAUGAAGUGCCGAUCCUAUGGCGAGAGGGAGAGCCGUCAUUACCGAACAACUGGGUACUAGCAGAAAGUCGGAACAGGAGUCUCCGUAACCGAUUCCAGCGGGAUCCAGGAUACGAACGAGAAUACCGUGCCGCGAUGCAAACUAACUUCAACGAUGGUUAUGCGAGACGACUAAGUGCCGAAGAGCAACCAGGUGUUGGACCCGUUUAUUAUCUUAGUCACUUUGGAGUCCAAAAAUCACCAGGAUCGAAGAUUCGUGUGGUCUUCGAUGCAGCUGCUAAAUUCCGUGGGCGCUGCCUCAACGACAGCAUUUGUAGUGGCCCGGCCUUGCAGAACCCGCUACCUGCUGUCAUUAUCAAAUUCCGCGAAGGGAAAAUUGCAUGGGCUGCAGAUAUUAAGGCAAUGUUCAGUCGUAUACGUCUACAGCCCGAAGAUCGAUGCUUUCAUCGAUUCAUCUGGCCUGAAGAAGACGGAACCGAUAGUGUCUGCGAGAUGACUCGGCUUACGUUCGGGGUAAAUUGCUCGCCAUUUAUCGCCAUUCGCACAACAUGGCGGGCCGCGGAUGAUGCAGGGCCUACAAUGAAGGAAGCUGCGGCUGCCGUGCGAGCAAAUCUCUACGUAGAUGAUUAUUUAGGAUCCUCCAAAGACGUGGAAUCUGGGAUCCGGAUUGCAACGGCUGUCAGGGAAGUCCUUGCUGGUGGGGACUUCCAUCUACAGGGGUGGACCUCCAACUCAGCAGAUCUUCGUUCCAGCCUUCAGGCAGUGAGUUCCGGUAUUGAAGAGUCUACGCAUAGCUUUGGUGCGGAUGAAACAGAAAUGGUUCUUGGAGUCAUCUGGAAACCUCAUCAGGACACUCUCGGUUUCAAAAUAAGUGGCCUGGACAAUGUUGUGUAUACUCGUGUUGGACUGAUUAGUAAAGUGGCAAGCAUUUUUGAUCCUCAAGGAGCGGCUUCUCCAAUCACCAUGAAGGGGAAAGCCAGGUUACGCGAGUUGGGCGUGAAAGGGUUCGAUUGGAACACAGAGGUUGCAGGUGAAGAACGUCAUUGGUGGCAGCAGUGGUUUUCGACCCUGCAACAAUUGCAAGAGAUAGAGUUCCCACGUUGCAUCUUUCCGGAUGAAGAACGCGUCACUCGAGUGGAGCUGCACACCUUCUGUGACGCCUCGGAAGAGGCGUAUGCCACGGUCACUUACAUACGCAACGUUUAUGAAGAUGGGAGUAUCAUCGUCCGGCAAGUAAAAGCCUCCAAUAAGCUUGCACCAACCAAGACGCUAUCUAUUCCUAAGCUGGAGCUUAACGCAGCUCUUCUUGGUGCUUGGUUAGCUGACUUUGUCAAAAGGGCUUUAACGCGGGUCAUCAACAGUCGCUACUUUUGGACUGACAGCAGUACCGUCAGGAAUUGGGUACGUGCAACUGCUUCGUUUUAUCAAGUUUUCGUCAGUCAUCGGGUGGGGGAGAUCCAAUCGCUUACCGAACCACAAGAAUGGCGAUUCGUGCCCGGUAAAAUCAAUCCGGCGGAUGCGGUGACCAGGUCGCAGCUAGAGAGUGAAGCCAUUCCUAUCAGCUGGUUAGACGGGCCUGAGUUUCUCUAUCAGGCGGAAAGGUGCUGGCCUAAAGAUUUGCCCUGGAUGGUAGUCACGGAAGAAAUUCGCCCAUCAAAAAUACACUCAAUGACCGCGCGGCCUAACUUCGACUGGGAGUCGUUAGAGCUUUCCCCAGACAACAUACCGGCGCUGCUGAGGUUGGAGAAUGAAUACUUGGAGCUGAUUCAGCAGUGUCAGCAGGAAGCUUAUGCCGAAGAAUUGGGGCUACUCAAGAAUGGGAACGAUGUCCGAUCAUCUUCAAGUCUUCGUUCGCUUACGCCAAUUCUCGAUAAAGACGGUCUUUUGCGCCUGGGCGGACGAAUUGGUAAAGUAAAGUUGCCGUAUGAUAAUGUUCACCCUAUAUUACUGCCAGGGAGACACACUUUCGCCAGGAAGAUCAUAGUAGCCUUUCACGAGUAUUUGAAACAUGCUGGCACCGAUUUCUUGUUGACCCAGAUACGCCAACAUUUAUGGAUAACCGAAGGAAGAGAGGCUGUCAAGAGGGUGAAGCGAGACUGCUUGCGCUGUAGACGGUACAACGCAAGGCCAGCAUCGCAGCUCAUGGGCGAGUUACCAGUUUACCGCUUGGAAAUUGGAGCGCCUCCCUUUACCCGAUCGGCCUGCGACUAUUUUGGGCCACUUGAGAUAAUCUAUGCCCGAAAUCGUGUUGCCAAAAGAUGGGGCGCUCUGUUCACAUGUCUUGUCACCAGGGCCGUAUAUUUGGAUUUGGCUGCCUCUUUGUCGUCCGGAGAUUUCUUAUUUAUAUUACGUCGCUUCAUCGGACUAUACGGGAAACCCCGCAGCUUACACUCAGACAAUGGAACAAAUUUUGUUGGAGCCGAACGCUUGCUGCGAGAGGAAGUAGAUGCUCUUCAUGCGACUGGGGAGGCGCACCAGUUUAUGAAGAAAGAAGGGAUCGAUUGGCAUUUCCAACCAGCUUGUACACCACACUUCGGUGGGGCGCAUGAGGCACUUGUUCGAUUUGUCAAGAAGGCUCUGUAUGCAGCGUUGGAGAUAGAAAAGGGUGUUUUACGUCACCCGACGGAAGACAUGCUGAGAACUUUGCUUUUCGAAGUAGCGGGUUUGUUGAAUUCUAGGCCAUUGACAUACGCGAGUUCCGAUCCAGACGAUCUCCGUCCGUUAACUCCAAAUGACUUCCUCAACCGGCCGCCUGCAGCUAAUCUUCCAGUCGGAGAGUUUCAAGAUGCCCUACCCCGAGAGAACUACCGCUACGUCCAGAGGAUGACCAAUCUCUUUUGGGACCUCUGGAAAGGGACCUAUCUACAAUCUCUGGCUGGUCGAAAGAAGUAG